AUGCGAUCGGAUGUUCAAUGGAAGCCCUUGCCUGCCUUAAAUACCAAAUGGAUAACGCCAUCAUCCCUGUCAAGUCAUUCCAUGGUUUCAUUAUUAUACGAUAUUAAAGAUUGGAAACAUCAGCAAACAAUACCCCACAGCAUCAUGAUACCCUCUGCAAACAACACUACUACUACGAGUCGCUGGUCAUUAUUACAUCAACAGCAGCAACAACAACAACAGCAACAGCAGCCCAACACGUCAAUGGAUGAUGCAACAUUGGCAAGUCCCAUCUCCAUAAGCUACGAUUCAGAAAGCUAUAUUUCAUUAUCAGAUGACGAGGAAAGCGAUGAUGAAAUGUUAUUAUUACCACUAAGCAGCAGCUCCUCAUUAACUAAAUGUGACGAUAAUGGGUGUGGCGGUUCAUUACGUUUCUAUGGUCAACGACUUGGUGGAGCUGGUGCCAUCCAAAAAAGACGUACUAGCCGUAAUGCAAGGUUACAAGAAGCGCACCGGUUUGAAAUGUUGAAGCGUCGGUUAUGUGAGCUUGAGACACGUAAUCAACGUUUAAAGGUGAAAGAGAUGACGUUGGAAGAGCAAAGGGAUGCUGUAGCUGCCAAGGAAUACGAGGAUCGUCAACGUGUACUCCAGCUUGAAGAGCAACUUAAGGCUUUGAAGGAAUCAUUACUAACAUGCGCAUACACGGAUAAAUGA